CCUCUGGCUCUGUCGCAUACAGUUGUUUCCCAAAAACAAAAUUUACUGCCACGUUGUAUCGGCGAGUAGUAGUAUCGAACAUUGUUCUCGCCCCAGCUAGAGCUAGUCCAAACGUUUUCCGGCAUAAACCCUAAAUCAUGGUCUGAUUUGACUAAGAAUUUAGUUUAAUUCCACUCAAUUUACACCACGAGUGACACUCGGGCAUCUAAACAUUUGAAAUAUGUUCGGAGAUGGAGGAGAGAUGCCUUCCAGGUACGAAUUGUUGAGCAUGGUGAAGAAGCACUCGAACUCGUUAGGGAGAACCGUAGCGGACGAGCUGCCUAAAGAUGAUGCUUCCGAAGACGUCGAAUUUAAUCCGCGCUUUUGGCAUGAUGUCUUCGACUUAUACUUUGUUCUAGGCAAGGAGUCCAGGGGACGCCAGGACGACGAUCUUCUAUUUUUCGUCAGAAAAUUGAGUUCGCAAGGAUAUGGUGUCAUGGAAGCUGUUGCUCCUUACUUUGUACGUAGGUGGGCGGCUAAGUUGGAUAUGGUAGUCGGAGAAAGUUCUGUUGAUGUGGAUUGGAGGCGCUCAUUUUACUUGAACUUGAUUGCUCACACUUCAUUCACUGUGACAGUAGCAAUUUGUAGUCAUCAGGACCUUCAGAAUCGUCAAGCUGGGCAAGACAAACCAUUGCUGCCUAUAUAUAAGGUCGUAAAAACUGUUUAUGCAUCUCCAAGUCGUGUCAACUUUCAUUUGGAUUCCAAAAAGGAAGUGGAGACAACACCUGCCUAUCCAGAUAUCUGUUUUGCAGUGGAUGACUUUGAUUCUACUUUUGAUGCAAUGGUCUUGACAGAGACAGACCACUGCUUUUGUGUACUCCUCAAUGCUAAUGAUGGGGCAGCAUUUCCUAGUAAUGAUGCAAAUCAUGCGGCAAAAUCUUCUAGUGAAAAGGAGCUACAAGAUUGCAGUUCCAGCAAUAAUUCAUCUUCGAGAGUUGAUACCACUUUGACCAAAAGUACUAAGCUUACUCUCUUCUCGGGAUUUGUGAGCUAUAAAAUGGUUUGCAACGCAUAUGAUGCUGGAAAGUCUCGAUUUGGGAACUUUCUGUCAUUUGGACAUUCCCCUGGAAAAACAGAUAGACUAUACAUGAAAGGUCCUGGUGGACGUGGGGAAGUUGAAGUUGCUGUUUCGGGUGUUGUAGAUCAAAGCCAGCAGGACUCAGGCCCCUUUUCACCUGUUAUAUCGAGUAGAAGAUUUGGGAUUGGCUCAAUUUUUCGUAAAGCAGCAACUGUUGCAUCAGUGGCAGCAAAACAUGCCUACGCAGCUGCUACAGCCACACACUUGAGUUCUGCCGAAGAAAUGCUACCUCUGAAAUGCUGCUUAAUGUCCAUUUCAUUGCCCUGGGAGUACAUUGCUCGUGACCUGUUGUUUAAGGGGACCCCUCAUGUGAACUUGUAAGGACCUUGUGUUUACCCGUUGCUGAAAAUUCUGAACAGCAAUGGAAGUUAUACGUGGCUGGCAAGUAUGUGUGUAUUUUUCAUGGAGUUAGCCCCUCCUUGUGUUGUGCAUAUCUGGUGACGGAUUGACUGUCACAGGACUUUUGUUCAAGUAUUUUUGUCGAUCAUUCCAUUUAAAGUCCACAAAUUCAACGUCAGAACAUAGUCCCCAAAAUCAGGCUUUGUGAUAUUGUAGACUUGAAACAAAUAAGAUGUUGAGGUGGCAUUUUGUUCAUUGGUGUUUUGUAUAAAAAUUCAACGAUUUUUGAAAAUUCGACUUUUGAGAACUUGGUGAUAUUUUUUAA